AACAGUGAGCAUGACUGGAGGAAGAACAGAGGGAGAAAGAACAGAGGAAGUAAGAACAGAGGGAGUAAGAACAGAGGGAGGAAGAACAGAGGGGGGAAGAACAGAGGGAGAAAGAGUGGAGGGAGGAAGAACAGAGGGAGUAAGAACAGAGGGAGGAAGAACAGAGGGAGGAAGAACAGAGGGAGAAAGAACAGAGGGAGGAAGAUCGGAGGGAGGAAGAACAGAGGGAGGGAGAACUAAGGGAGUAAGAACAGAGGGAGUAGGAACAGAGGGAGGAAGAACAAAGGGAGGAAGAACAGAGGGAGGAAGAACAGAGGGAGGAAGAACCGAGGGAGUAAGAACAGAGGGAGUAAGAACAGGGGGAGUAAGAACAGGGGGAGGAAGAACAGAGGGAGGAAGAACAGAGGGAGUAAGAACAAAGGGAGGAAGAACAGAGGGAGGAAGAACAGGGGGAGUAAGAACAGGGGGAGGAAGAACAGAGGGAGAAAGAACAGAGGGAGUAAGAACAGAGGGAGUAAGAACAGAGGGAGUAAGAACAGAGGGAGUAAGAACAGAGGGUGGAAGAACAGAGGGAGGAAGAACAGAGGGAGAAAGAACAGAGGGAGGAAGAGCAACAGAGGGAGUAAGAACAGAGGGAGGAAGAACAAAGGGAGGAAGAACAGAGGGAGGAAGAACAAAGGGAGGAAGUACAGAGGGAGGAAGAACAAAGGGAGGAAGAACAGAGGGAGGAAGAACAGAGGGAGGAAGAACAGGGGGAGUAAGAACUGAGGGAGUGGGAACAGGGGGAGUGAGAACAGGGAGAAUGCAAGCGAAAGCAAGCAACAGCCAAUGGAAAGGCAAGCGAAAGCAAGCAACAGCCAAGGGAAAGGCAAGCGAAAGCAAGCAACAGCCAAGGGAAAGGCAAGCGAAAGCAAGCAACAGCCAAGGGAAAGGCAAGCGAAAUCAAGCAACAGCCAAGGGAAAGGCAAGCGAAAGCAAGCAACAGCCAAGGGAAAGGCAAGCGAAAGCAAGCAACAGCCAAGGGAAAGGCAAGCGAAAGCAAGCAACAGCCAAGGAAAAGGCAAGCAAAAGCAAGCGACAGCGGAUGAAAUGGUAGAGUUGUAGAGCAGACGGUUGGG